UAGGCGAUGGCGGGAAUAUUGACAAGAGAGAAAAUAUUACUGUUUUUAUGAAUGAAAAAGAUUCGUAACUAGGAAAUUAUGAUUAUAAGUGAAAAAGGUUAAGUGUGAAUACAAUAUUAUUAAUUAUUUAAAGGCAGUGUUCCUAAAUAAAGUACCUUAAGAUUUGAUAAUGGGUAUUACUGGUUUGAUACCCUUUUUGGACAAAGCCUCUAGAAGGGCAAAUGUAAGCGAAUUCAGUGGAUCAUCAGUUGCAAUUGAUACUUAUUGCUGGCUUCACAAGGGGGCUUUUGCUUGUGCUGAUAAACUAGUUCGGGGAGAAGAAACCGAUAUACAUAUAAAAUAUUGCUUGAAAUAUGUAACGAUGUUGCAAUCAAGGAACAUAAAACCAAUUUUAGUUUUUGACGGGAGACAUCUUCCUGCUAAGGCAAUGACGGAGCUGAAAAGAAGAGAAACACGAGAUAUAUCUAAGAAAAGAGCAGCGGAAUUACUUAGCUUAGGAAAGAUUGAUGAAGCGAGGUCCUUCAUGCGUCGCAGUGUAGACAUAACUCAUGCAAUGGCCCUAGCUUUGAUAAAGGAAUGUAGGAAACGUAACAUAGACUGUAUAGUAGCGCCAUACGAAGCUGAUGCACAAUUAGCAUACUUAAAUAUCAAGAACUACGCUCAGUUAGUUAUAACAGAAGAUUCCGAUUUAAUACUUUUUGGUUGCACAAAGGUCCUAUUCAAAAUGGAUUUAGAGGGUAAUGGAACUCUAGUAGAAACUAUCAAGCUGCCUCUAGUUAUGAAAUGUCCCAUAGAACAUUACACAUUUGAUAAAUUCAGGAGAAUGUGUAUAUUGUCGGGGUGUGAUUAUUUAAACUCGCUACCCGGCAUCGGUUUGGCCAAAGCGCGUCAGUUUGUCAAUGCCUCACAGGACACAAACUUCGCUAACGCCCUAAAAAAGCUGCCAAGUUUUUUCAACAGAUCAUUGCAAGUGAGUGAUGAUUAUAGAGAGAAUUUUCUCAAAGCCGAAGCAACAUUCAAACAUCAGUACGUCUAUGACCCUUCACAGAGAUGUAUGACCCGACUCACACCUGUUUAUGAUGAAGAAAUCGAAGCGGCUUUGUGUUCUAAUGCCGGAGAGCUUUUGGAUCCUCAGAUAGCCUUCCAGUUAGCUUUGGGUAACUUAGACCCUUUCACAUUGAAGAAGAUGGAUAAUUGGGAUCCCGAUAGUAGAAGUGAUGUGACAGAUCAUAUAAGGAGUUCAAAUUGGAAGGAUGCGGGGGUAUCAAAUAAGCCAAGUAUAUGGAGUGAGUCUUACAAGGAAUAUUUAGAUGAAUCUCAACCUUGGAUGAAAAAGGUUCAAAAACAGGAACCCAUCAUAUCAACACAAACACGAUCAAGGAAGAAGGUUGUCACCUUAACAACUAAAUAUGUACCGGAGACACAGGAUGAUAGUUUAUCGAUAGAGACACUCAGCGGCAUGUACUGUAUGGAACCGGCCAGCAAGAAACAGAAAGUUGAACAAAAGAAAAAUAACAUCAAUAUAGACUAUGAUAGAAAUAAUUUUAAUCUCAAACAGAAAUCACCCAUACUGGAAAACAAAGGCAGGUCGUUCAAGAAGUGUCUCAGUUCCGGUAGUUUUUCAGUUUUGAAGAAAUUGAGCGCUUUCCCAAGUACAGUUCUGGAUGAUGAUAUCAUUGAAAGCAAAUUCUUCAGUUCGUGCGAAAAGGACUCCAAUGAUACGUGUAACAGAGUUGAUAAUCAGACGAUAAUACAGGAAUCACCGGAAAAGGAUUUAGAUACUGCUAUGAUAGACACAUGCACAGGUUCCAGCUCACAGAAAGAGAAUUCUCCCAGUCCCGCAAAGAAAAGUCCUAUAUUAGUGAGCCCUAGAACAAGAAAUCCGUUCAAGUUAAAAGACUCACAGUCAACAAACGACACGGGUUUCAGUGAGUCCGUCAUAGAAAAUACAUGUCCCAUUGAAUCUGAGCCACCCAUAUGUACCUCGCCCAUCAAACCCGCUGUUCCUCAGGAUAAGUUUAAGUUCAAUCAAAAUAUAAAGAAGACAAAAGCCCCUGCUAAAAAGGUUCAAAGUUCUCAACCAACUCUCUUAAGUAUGUUCGGUUUUCAGAAAAAGCCAGUAUUAAAAAGGUGAAAUGAAGAAUAAAAAUAGUAUAAGUGACACAAGUAUUAUUUGACGCAGCGUUUUUUUAUUUUAUGACAUUCUAUUUUCAAACAUUUUUGUUGUAAAAUUAUCGUUUAUUUUAUUUUCGGUUCGUGUACUCGGCCGUGCGAUCUGACUGGUUUUAUUGUUGAUUUAUAAGAAAUGAUUAUGUUAUAAGUACAAUAAAUAUUUUCCAAUUGUUGCAUGUUUUUAAUCUAUACCUACUAGUAAAUUUAAUUUAAUUUCACAUUAACAA